AUGCUUAAGGGAAGCCGGCCGCGCCCGGUGCAUUGUGGGAGCCGCUCGCGGCCCGUUUUCCGGGAGGAGGCGGAGGGCUCAAAGCGAGCGGCUGUGAGGAGAGCAGGCCCCAGAACCGUGUCUGCGCAUGAGUCCUUUAACCCCGAAAGUUACGAAUUGGACAAGAGCUUCCGGCUAACCAGAUUCACUGAACUGAAGGGCACAGGCUGCAGAGUGCCCCAAGAUGUCCUGCAAAAAUUGCUGGAAUCUUUACAGGAGAACCACUUCCAAGAAGAUGGGCGGUUUCUGGGAGCCGUUACGCCAUGGCUGGGCAUUGGAAUGGAUACUUGCGUCUUUCCUUUGAGGCACGGUGGGCUUUCCUUGGUUCAGACCACAGAUUACAUUUACCGGAUCGUAGACGACCCUUCCAUGAUGGGCAGGAUAGCACGUGCCAAUGUCUUCAGUGACCUCUACGCAAUGGGGGUCACGGAAUGUGACAAUAUGCUGAUGCUCCUUGGAGUCAGUAAUAAAAUGACCGACAGGGAAAGGGAUAAAGUGAUGUCUCUGAUUAUCCAGGGUUUUAAAGACGCAGCUGAGGAAGCAGGAACAUCUGUAACGGGCGGCCAAACCGUACUAAACCCCCGGAUUGCCCUGGGAGGAGUCGCUACCACUGCCUGCCAGCCCAGUGAAUUUAUCAUGGCCAGCCCCUAGUUGGACCAGCAACAGGGGAUGGUGUUCCCUCCUGGGAUCUGUGAGGCAGCAGCUGAAGGACAGAUAAAUUUGAAGUUGCAGAAGACCUACACAUGCACCACAUCCCAAACCUGCAGAGGCCUGGAGAUACAGUAUUAAGAGUCCAGCCCGUCUGACAACCCAGAAGUAUCUACUGAGCAUUUUAUUCAGCAACACCGUUCAUGCUCCUUAAUGACAGCACAGCCAGCCAGCCUCAUCUUACAAUAAAAUUUUGAGUACAACUAUACUACCAAGGGAGAGACUCCUUUAUU